AUGGACAAGGCCAAGGCUACCCUCCUCACGGAACUAACCAAGCGCAGUCCCGUCCUAUCGCUGGAUACCCCGAACGAGAUAAUGAUGAAACGGAUUCUACUGGCCUUGGAGCUAGUGCGUCGCUUGACGAAAGGAUUUCCUGGUCUUGACGAUUCUACCCAAAACAAGAGCGACCGGCCGAUCUUGCCAGUUUCCACCGGCGCAGCUAACCCACAUCUGAAAUCCGCGGUCGCCCAGGGCCACAAUUUCACCGUUGUUGGAGUACGUGACAACCAGAAGAUCCCAUCACCCGGCUUCGCGGGCUCUCUCUUUUGUAUUCGUCGAAGAUCGAUAUCAGAACCGUUGGAGUCACGACUUUGA